AUGACUUUUGAAGCUAGCAUUCAGCCGCAUUGUUCUUGUUGCUCAUCAUGGUUUAAUGCAAUUGACCAACAACGUAGACAUUUUUGUCUGGGUCUCUUAAUCGGGUGUUUUUCAAGUGGGAUCAUAAUUGCAGAAUUUCGACAACCCAGCCCCCUUUACACUGGAUACUGGGUUGGCGGGAGUGACUGUCUAGCCACUACUUCUGCCAUAGUCUGCGCCCUGAAACCGCAUCGUUUUGCUUUUAUAGGAGCUGCUCUGACCGAUGCCAUAUGCUCAGUCAUUACAUGCGCUGGCGGAAUUCAAGUACUUGCCACACAAAAGACCAACAUAUUUACGACAGGUUGGCUGUCAACAGUGCAGCUGAUUUUUCUCCUCUAUCACUGCUGCUCGUGCGUUAUUGACGCGGACGCUUUGUGCCGAUUCAGACCCUUCGGCAGGGGGCAAACUGUCUCAUCCAAUCCUUCAUCUCAAGGAUUGCCAAUUCAGUCUACAAAUCGGAGAGCACAACAGCGUCCACCAAGUGAUUUCCGACUACCGGAUGAGGCUCCAAAACUUCCGGGCUAUUUUGAUCUCACCAGGGAUGAGGGACUUCCACCGGAUUAUAGCAAAGUUAACACCGCUCCUCCCGGCUACGAGACACAGGAGCAGGCCACUAGCGAAGCUGCUGGAUGA